AAGUUGAUAUUGUCGAUGCCUGCUCCUGCUCUCGGUAACUCGGAUGAGUUCGAUUCCUUCUUAAAGGCUGCAAGAUACGGCGAUCUUGACAAUGUACGCGAACAUUUGAGAGCUCAUCCUGAAUUGUUGUGGGAGUCGGACGCGUUCACGAAGAGUACUGGAAUCCUGCUGGCCUCAGCUAAUGGGCACACGGAGGUCGUCAAGGUUUUAUUAAAGGAAGCGGGUGAAGCAAAGAAAAAGACAGUAGCGAACCAAGCAAAUAGCCAAGGCAACACUCCACUACAUUGGGCUGCUCUUAAUGGACAUCUCGACGUUUGCAAGCUUCUCGUUGAUGCAGGAGCAGAUGCCACGACUGUGAACAAGGCCAAGCACACCCCGUACGAUGAAGCCUUAUCCAGGCAUUUCAAGGAGGUUUGCAUCUAUUUGGCCAAGUUCGCGGCUCCGGAGGCUGACUCGCCAUCAUCGUAGACGCCAAGAUUGACUCGAUUCCCAACGUUACUCCAUUUCUCUCGCAC